CUUCACGGCUCUGUGGCUCGGAGUCCAGUCCGUAUAUGUCCCCUACAUCGCGAAUAUGUCGGUCGCACUCACUGACAGAGAAAUCAAGACCAUGCUGUUCAACAUCCACCGUGGAAGUCAUUUUGCUGGCACUGCCAGGCGCUUACGUAUGCCUUCGUCCUGAGACGUCUUUCUCGUUGGCUUGAUCAAUCCAUCCUGGAGGCCAGACACGUAAGCAUGGCCGAUCGACCGAAGCAAUUAGCUGCAGGCGGAGCUGAUAACAAUCUGGAAUACAAUUGUACGUGCCGGCUCUGCUGAAGGUUUCCGUUCAAUUGCCCCAUCCCGGCAUAUCGAUGGUGUACCGCAACCUCUCAAGUCAGGCCAGUGACUACCCCGACUACGAGUUAUCGAACGUCCCGUAUACCACCGGCAACAACACUGCCGACGCUUCCCAUCCAGAGGUAAUGGCGAAGUCUGCGAAACCUGCAACGGCCGCGAAACCAUGGUAUGAUCCACGCGGUUGGUCCUUACUGACCAAGUCGCUUGUUGCCGCCGGUGUCGUGGUCGCCAUUGUUGCGCUCAUCGUUGGUCUUGUUGAGGGUCUGAAGUCCUCGUCAUACCCAGACUACUCUUCGUUGAGCUAUACCUUGUCUCGCCAAUACUCGGGGUCUUCAUUCUUCGAUGAAUUUGAAUACUAUACCGCCACCGACCCGACUGACGGCUUUGUCCAAUAUGUGGAUUCAUCGACCGCAUCAGAACUCAACUUAACCUACGCGUCCAAUUCCAGGGCCGUGCUGAGGGUCGAUACCAGCACUUCCAACCAAACAAGCGGUCGGAGGUCGGUGCGCGUCACUUCUAGGGAGACUUACGAGAACGGGCUGUUUAUUUUCGACAUCGUCCAUACCCCAUACGGGUGUGCGACGUGGCCGGCGCUCUGGCUGACCGAUCCGAACAAUUGGCCGGAACACGGCGAGAUCGACGUGCUAGAGUCCAACAACAAAGGCACACACGGCAAUGCGAUGACGUUACAUACGACCAGCGGAUGCAAGAUGAACGUCAAACGCAAGGAGACCGGAUCCCCGACAUACACCAACUGUCUGAACACGGCGAAUGACAAUGCCGGGUGUGGCGUAAGCGGCGGCAAAGCGACAUAUGGCCAGCAAUUCAACGAAAACGGGGGCGGGGUAUAUGCGAUGGAGCUCCGCGACGCCGGCAUCCGCGUCUGGAUGUGGGCGCGCGAUGAUAUUCCAGACGACAUCUCGAAUUCCAGCAGCAGCCCGGACCCGUCCACCUGGGGUGAGGCGCUGGCGGACUUCCCCAAUACCAACUGCGACAUCAGCUCACAUUUCAAGAACCAAAGUAUCAUUGUCAACAUCGACGUCUGCGGGGAUCUCGCGGGCGCAAGUACGUACUAUACUGAUCUAUAUGGGUGUCCGGAUACAUGCACGCAGUGGGCCGCAGAGAACGGUGCGAACUUCACCAAUGCAUAUUGGGAGUUUAAUAGUUUCAAGGUUUAUCAGACGUCAUCGAGCUCGUCGUCGUCUACCUCUUCUGCCGCUACGGUAGCGUCAACAGCAUCCUCGUCUGUGACUACUUCUGCGCGGUCGUCGUCGACUACGUCCCAAUCGCAGACGCAGGGUCAAUCUCAGGAGCACUCUCAGACUCAGGGGCAGCAGGGUCAGGAGCAGAGUCAAGAGGAGCAGCAGCAGCAGCAGCAGCAGCAACAACAGGGAGGGUAAUCGUCUAUAGUUUGUCGGGUGUGGAUUGCUUCUUGUAUUUGCUUUUUCG